UUCUCUGUCCUGCACUCUAUCUGCGUUCCCCCCGUCGACCCGGUCGACGAUGAACAUCAUCCGUUCCAUCUUCAGAACUCCGAAACGAUCCACGACCAUCGACGACGAGAACCCCGCCAGCUUCAUUCAGAGGGAACAGCAAUGCUCCGAGUCCUCACCUUACGCUCCGCUCUUGGGGAACGCAAAGAUGCUCGGCUGGGAGUUCGCGAGGAAGUCGUCUGACGUCCGAGCUGUGGACGUGAAGUACAACCACCCCUGCGGCGUUCCUGCUGCUACCAUCAAGAUUAGCCGCAAGUGGUGUCUUUCGUCGUCGUCCUUGCGCUCGAGUACAUCUGCUGCGAUCUCUGAUUUGAAUCCAAGUAACGUAGGCGACGCCCCCGAAGAUGUGUUUGAUCCUCCAGGACUACAAGAUGCGGGACAGCGUGCUCAGACCAGCCACCCUCUUCCUGAUCCGGAUACCGUCAUUCUACUAAGCCAACCUGAGGUACUUGAACCCCAGCCUAUCCGCGACGAACCUCUCGAAUAUGCUGAUCCUCCAAGCGCUGCGGUCAUCCCUCCCUACACUGUCUGCUCACAUGCUACUGGCCCUACCGCUCGUCGCAGGCAGACAUCUCUCUUAGUCAACGCUCCGGAUUCAGGUGCAGACCUACCGCAGUCCAGUGCACGCAUCGACAGACCUUCUCUCCUCCCGGUUGCUCUGCAUCCAGUUCGAUUUUCUCAGCCUGGCAUUCAACAUUCUGUGGUACCCCAAUCCGCCGAGCCAAGGCCUCAGGCAGCCCAGUUCUGUGUUCGAUUCAAAGGCAAUGCACAGCGUUUCACGGUCUUGAAGUCCAUUGGCAACGGCACGUUUGGCUCCGUCGUAUACGCGCGCACCGAUGAGCGGCGCGAGGUCGCCAUCAAGAUCGUCAACAAGCGCAAGCUCCUCGCGUCUAAAGUCUUACGGCGGAACGUCCCUCGCGAAUGGGUCCCUGCAUACAACAGAGCGGCCGCGGACGACAUCCUCGGCGAACUCACUGCUCUCCAUCUUAUCACGUCCCGCCCAAACGCCAGUCCAUUUCUGACCCCGAUGCUUAACGCAUGGACGGACGAGAAUAACGUCUACUUUGUCAUGCGCAUGUACCCGUUCAACCUCCGGCAAGUCCUGAAGGACACGCCCCUGAGCCCGGAGCAGACACGCGUAUGGGGAGCCGAACUCCUUCUCGGUCUCGAGUACCUUCACUAUCUCGGUGUUAUCCACCGCGACCUCAAGCCAGAGAACAUACUCGUGACACCCUCGGGGCACCUCGCCAUCGCCGACUUUGGUCUCGCUGCCGUCCUACCUCCUCAGCAGAGCAUUGCGGUGAGCAACUGUGUGGGUACCCCCGGAUAUCUUGCGCCGGAGCAGCAUGAUGGGAGAAUCCCCCGUGGCGGGUACUCGUACGGGGUGGACGUGUACGCGUAUGGUCUGGUAUUGAUGGAGAUGGUUCUCGGCGACGGCAAGCGCUGGUGGUCCUCGUUCGAUCACGAAUGUACGAUGGGCAUGACUUAUCAGGAGCACCAGCCAACCCCGUUCGACGUCAUAAAGCGGGUCGAUGCGAAAGAUUGGCUCGCAGGUCUCUUCAUCAGACGUCUCGUUCAAGACAACCCGCAGCAUCGUCCUCGUUGGGUUGACGCUCGCACCUUCGGAUUCUUCAACGACCUCGACUGGACGCGUGUUGCCGAGAGAAAAUACCAAGUCUUCCAGGCGCCAUGCGUCCUUCCUCAUGCCAAGGAACACUUCAAAGCGCCUGACGACGGGCAACGCUUCUUUAUGGAGAUGUAUAGCGACGCCGAGCGCCAAUACGUCGAGGACGUGAUGACGACACAGCGCGCCGAGCUUCAAGGGCUGGGCGCGCUAACGUUCGACUACGAAUACCCCAAGAUAAUGUGGAAGGAUAGCGAGCACGGAGAAACGUGCUUGCAAGUAUGUCAUCAUGGUCACGAACUAGGACUAUGAUAUCUUGACGAAUGAAUCAUGGACGUUUUUACCGAUACAUUAUAUUUCAGCUUCGGGUUUGUCUAUGUGGUCGAACCUGCAUUUUUAGAUUGCCUUUACACUUUGCUAAUAA